UGGGGUUUACGGUGAAAAUAUCAGAUUUCAGCUGGGAAUCGUAGAAGCUCGCAAACAUGAGGUUCAUCGCAGUUGGCGCGUUUCUGCUCGUGGUCUGUGCCCUCGGCCAAGCUGUGACCAUCCAGUCCCAGACCUUGGCACCACCCGAGAGCCCCGAUAUCUUCGCCAACACCAAGAAACUAAUCGAAGAUCUGGUAGCGAACCUCUGCCAAUCGGCACAGCAAGCUGCAGACGCUAUGAACGGCUUCGCGUCCGGCUUGAAGGACCAAGUUGGAAUAAUGACGGAGAAGUUGCAAGCUGAAAUCGAGAAGCUGAAGGCGAGAGUAUCGCAAGCUAUCUCUAAUGUUGCGGAUAGGAUUUCUAACGCCGGUGGAGCGAUCAAAGAGUGUGUCGAGUCUCAUAAGAAGCAAGCCGAUCAACUCCUCAACGACGCUGUAUACAGAACCAUGACGUGUGCCGACGAAAAAGUCCAAGAAAUCAGCGAUCUGAUCGCAAGACAGGUCGAAAUAUCCCAGGGGGGGCUCGAAUUCGCCAACAGGGCGACGGAGGGAAUGCAGAAUUGUACAGACAACGACAACCACAUUUUUAUUAAAGGAGCGUGUCUUGGUAUGCUUGCCUUGAAAACUGAAAUGAAGGCAGCCGUUUUCAUGACGCAAAGCGGAAUAAACGUCGCACGCGUCGACAUAGCCAUAGCCAAGUUGCCCGUCGCCCUAGAACUGUGCGCCGGCCAACGCCUCCUCGAAGCCGGCAUGGGCACAGCCAAGGUCAUCAUGGAACUGCAGAAGUGCAAAGUCGCCAACACAUUCACCGCCCUCACAGGGUCCAACUCCAACCCCACCCUUCCUGAUGCUCCAACUGCAAUUAAUGCAGAAGGAAAAGAAAUUGUUCUCUCAAAAAGUUACUUGGCACAUCUGACUCAAAAUCAAAUCAAUGCAAUUUAUGCGAUAAAAUCAAAAGAACUCUCCAAUAUCGAUGUAAACAGGUUGCUGAGUAUUAGUGACUUAUGGGAUAAAAUUAAAAAUAGUAUUAUUGACGCAUGGGACGCCGUUAAAGAUAUAGCUGAUAAAACCAGAGAGAAAAUCAUCGUGUGGCUUCAAAAUAUAAAGAAACAAGCAGAAGAAGCGAUCAAAGAUUUUGAGGCCAAGCUAGAAGUCCUAAAAGACAGAUUUAACAAAUUUAUACAGGCAUUGGAGAAAAAAGUAGGAGAAGUUAAACAAUGUAUCCAAGACGACAAGGACGUUAUCCAAGAAUUACUAAAGCAAAUAGCACAAAGUGUGAGAUCGUGUAUUGCUGACAGUGUUAAAAAUGCAUCAGUUUUAGAUAGCCAUCAGUCAAAACUGAUACUUGAUGACACUGAAUUCAUUAAAGAGGCUGAAGAUAAAAUGAAUAAAUGCGUUCAAGAAGUUGACAAUGCUGAUGAAUGCCUGAAUAAAGCUAGAGGAGAAAUUUAUGAUGACAUGGAACAAAAAGAGACUGACAUUAUGAAUAUUAGAUCAGUUAGCAGAGACGUAGUAGAAGACGCUUUGGAGACCAUCGUGAAUUGUGCAGCAGACGGGAUCAUUGAAGCCUCAGAGGCGAUUACAGAAGAAGUAAUAAACAUCGUCAACUGCGUUAAGAGUGAAAAAGAAAAAUCUUUUGUUUAAACCAUU